AUGUGGAGACUUAUGAGUGAUAAGUCCGGUAUUCGACUUAACGACAUCGUUCAAAUGGCAACUGAGAAGGAAAAUAUCGAACCCGACUAUCGGAUUCGCACCAUUGAGUCACUCUCGAGGCACAUCGAGUCUGCGCUAAGAUAUCAACAUACGGCAACCUCACGAACCCAGUAUACCUUACACAGAGUAUUUAAAUGCUUUAAUAUGCGCUACUAUGAGAGCUACGUCACAGGCAUGUACUUGGCAACAAAAAUUAUGUAUGUGGGAAACAUCCUCACCAAUCUCGUGCUCGUUAAUAAAUUCCUCGAAACGGACGACUACUCAAUAUACGGACUUGGAGUUUUGAGGGAUCUUCUGUUUGGCAGGACAUGGAUGGAAAGCGGAAAUUUCCCUCGGGUUACUUUGUGCGACUUCGAAGUCCGAGUGCUGGGAAACAACCAGCGACAUUCCGUACAGUGUGUUUUGGUGAUUAACAUCUUCAACGAGAAGAUAUUUAUACUUAUCUGGCUGUGGUUUACACUGCUCUUCGUAGCCUCCACACUCGAUAUGCUAUACUGGUUUAGCAUAUCAAUGUUUCAUAGGUCAGUAUCUCGCAAUCCAACAAAAACUGUUUCUUAAAG